AAGAGAGAGCACUGUUGGUGCUUGUCUGUGUAUUCUGGGUUACCUCACAUCUAUUGUUUUCUUUCUGAGAGAGCGCUCUGCAGACCUGAAAACACAAAGAUUCCCGCCGUAGUGGAAUGCCUGUCUUGCCUGGAUUUCCUUUAACGUUAUAGUGUUUUCUCACCGAAUUUCUCCAUCCUUGGUUUUUCUGGAAUGAGCUGUUUCCUGCCUGCGUCGUUUCCAUGCCAGCAUGGGAACUGUCGUGUCUAAAAGGAAGAAUUUAAGAAACGAUGCGAUAUCUUCCGUGGCAGCAAAAGUUAGAGCAGCGCGAGCAUUUGGAGAGUACCUGUCCCACACACACCCUGGGAGCCAAAACGGAUCAGCCCAUCUCCUGUCUGACACGUUUGUGGGCCCAGACUCUGACUCCCCUGGUGGUGUCCGUCACCACAACAACAACCAUCCAUACCCCCACAGGGGUUCUCCAGCCCCCCCUGAGUCCAGCCUGGUGAAGCAUCCGCUGGGCCACCUCCAGCCCCCACCCCCCUCCAUCACCACCACCAAGACCCGCCUGUCUCUGGAGCGCAGCUUCUCAGCCGAAGAGGACCAGCAGAAGUGUGUGGAGUGUGCCCUGCAGCCUGCCCGUGUCUACACCAUCACCGGAGAUCACAGUAUGCUGGGUAGCAACCGGGGCAGCAAGGAGAGCCUGGAGCUGGAAGUGCUGAAGGGGGCGUCGACCCUGGUCCAGCCCUCCACCUCCCCCUCCUCCACCUCCUCCCCCACCCAGCACCACCUUCGCCAUGGACACCGUGGCAAUACUCAUCGCGACGAUGGGAGCCAUCGUCACGGCAACCCUGUUGCCGGCGGCAGCAGCAGCAACCACCACACCCUGGCUGUUACCGGCGGGGGUGCUGCCCACCAUGGUCACCAUGGCAGCCACCACCACCUGUCCCAGCAGCCCCUGUCAAGCUCAGUCAGCGCCCACAACAUCCGCAGCUGGGGUGAGGGGGGAAAGGGGGGCUCGCGGGAGGACUGCAGCCUCAACAUGGCCUUGGACUCUAGCGGGGCUCCAUCCCGUAGCCAGGGCUCCCUGGAUCUAGAGAGCUCCCGCGAGGCAGGCAAGCAACACAGACUCCUUGAGAGGAUGUGGAGUGUGGACCGGAUGACUGGGCUGGAGAGAGAGGACAACAACUGGUACCCAAAAGAAAAUAUGUUCAGCUUUCAGACUGCUUCUACCACCAUGCAGGCGAUAUCGAACUUCCGGAAGCAUCUUAGAAUGGUGGGCAGCAGGAGAAUGAAGGCACAGACAUUUGCCGAGCGUAGAGCGAAGAGUUUCAACCGCUCCUGGAGUGACCCCACCCCUGUCAAGAAUGACUCUUCACAUGCCACCAGAGACAGUGGGGACCUGCCAGCCUCUUGUGGGACUCUGGAUGAGGGGGAGCGUGAGGACCUAGACUGGGAGGAGGAGAGGGAGAUGGAGAGACUGGCCUGUGAGGGAGAUGACUUCAUCCCACCCAAAAUUAUGCUGAUCUCCUCCAAAGUCCCCAAGGCAGAGUACGUUCCCACCAUCAUCCGCAGGGAUGACCCCUCAAUCAUCCCCAUCCUCUAUGACCAUGAACAUGCUACGUUUGAUGAUAUCCUCGAGGAGAUUGACAAGAAGCUAACAGCCUACAGAAGAGGCAGCAGAAUCUGGAGGAUGCUCAUCUUCUGUCAGGGAGGUCCAGGACAUCUGUACCUGUUGAAGAAUAAAGUGGCCACAUUCGCCAAGGUGGAGAAAGAGGAGGACAUGAGUCAGUUCUGGAGGAGGCUGAGUCGGUUUAUGAGCAAAGUGAACCCUGAACCCAACCUCAUCCACAUUAUGGGCUGCUACGUCCUAGGAAACCCCAAUGGAGAGAAGCUGUUCCAGAAGCUAAAGAACCUGAUGAGGCCUUACUCCAUCCAAUUUGAGUCACCACUGGAGCUGUCCGCACAGGGAAAAGAGAUUAUUGAGAUGUACUUUGACUUCCGUCUCUUCCGCCUGUGGAAAACCCGCCAGCACUCCAAACUCCUGGAUUAUGAAGAUCUUUUGUGACGGGGCUCCAAGUGAAGUCAACCCUGUAGCAUACAUACAGUCUAUACUGGGGCAGGAGGACCCACUCAACACCACUGCUCAACACAACUGUAACACCCAUCAUACCUGCUUUCAUCCAGGAGAGGGCUGGGAGAGGUGGAAGAGGAGAAGAGUGAGAGGAGUGAUAGAGAGGAUGAAGAGGAGGAGGAUGAAGGGUGACAUAGCAGAUUUCACGGCGCUGUGUGCCUAACCCAUUAUUUAUUUCAACCCACCUCUUCACCUCCUACGCAACCACAAAGGUCAGGGGUUAAAAAGAGAGAAACCAAGCCAAAGGAAUGCUAGAAGGACAAGGAGACCUGAAGAUUGGAGAUAAAGAGUGAUGGAGUAUAAACGGAGAGACAGAGGGAUGAAGGGAUCUUCUGUGCUCCUUCUUUCUCUCCCUCGGGGAAGGUGUCUGAGUUUUGCUCUCUCUUUCUCUCCCUCG